AUGGAAGGCAGCAAGUUCCUGGUCGAGAAGCUACGCAGCGGCGGAUACGAAUCAUGGCGAUUCAAAGUGGAAAUGCUGUUGGUGCGCGAAAAUCUCUGGAAAUACGUGAGGGAGGACGCCCCUGAACCUCCGACGGAAGCGUGGGCAGAGGGAGACGCCAAAGCACGAGCCACAAUCGUUUUGCUGGUAGACGACAGUCAGCAUCCGCUGAUUCGGGAAUGCCAAACCGCGAGGGAAACAUGGCAUCAACUGAAGAACCAUCAUCAGAAAACCACCAUGUUCACGAAAGUAUCGUUGCUGAAAAAACUCUGCAGGGCAGAGUACACCGACAACGAGGACAUGGAAAACCAUUUGUUCCGCAUGGACGAGCUAUUUUCUAGCUUGACAAACGCCGGGCAAGAGCUGGGCAACAGUCUCAAAGUGGCCAUGGUGUUAAAAAGUAUGCCUGACUCUUUUGACACCCUCACAACCGCUUUGGAAAGCCGAUCCGAUGACGAGCUCACGAUGGAACUCGUCAAGAGCAAGCUGAUAGACGAAGCCCAGAAACGAGCGGAAAAAUCCGGGGAAUCCAUUCUGCUGCGAGCCGCAGAAAAGAAGCCCAGCCUUAUCGGUGGUCUGUUGCACGUGGCAGCCAACACCCGACCGGACAUCGCAACCAGUGUGGGCAUACUGUGGCGAUCAGUAAGCUCACCUACCCAAGCCGAUUGGACGGAGGCCAAACGGGUGCUUCGUUAUCUGAAAUCGACGAUGGACCAUGAGUUGGUACUAGGAUCCGGCCAACAUAAGCUGGAAGCUUAUUCCAACGCAGACUGGGCCAGCGAUGCAGCAAGCCGGAAAUCCAAUACCGGUUACAUGUUUCUGCUCAGUGGUGGUCCGAUUUGCUGGGCAUCAAAAAGGCAAACCUGCGUGGCAUUAAGCAGCACCGAGGCAAAAUACGUGGCGCUCGCUGAGUGCUGCCAAGAGUUGGUGUGGAUCAAACGACUUCUUCGAGAUUUCAACAUUCACAUCCACCAACCAACCAGAAUAUUUGGGGACAACCAGGCGUGCAUCAAGCAGUUACAAUCUACCCGGAUCAACAACCGUUCGAAGCACGUGGACACCAAAUAUCAUUAUGUCCGCUCCCUUUACGAAGAUGGGACAAUAACCGUGAGCUACUGUUCUUCCGAAGAUAUGGUGGCGGAUAUAUUAAUCAAGCCGUUGGCUUACCUCAAGUUGGGAAAAUUCCGAGAAGCAGCUGGAGUUACGCUGUCGAGGAGGAGUGUUGAACAUGCAGUUCCGAAUAACGACAGACAACCUCAGCAUGCCAUGACUUAG